AUUGCCCAGUAGACCUGCACGUCACGGCGACCACCAAACCCCCCUCCGCAGCUUCGCUCCUGCGGUGAGUGUCUGCGUUUCCCUUCCUGCUCCAUGUGCGCAGCAGUACUGAUUCCAUCCAGUCUGCCUACCGCACACGCAGUGCAUGUCCCCAGCCUCGCCGCAUGCAAGAUGGCUACCCCGUCUCUGCCCCCCUCCUCCACCGCCAGUCCGUCGUAUCGCUCUCCCCCAGAGGCCCUCAAUCAGCUGCUCGUCCAUGGACUCAUCAAGGACGACAUUGUGGCUUUGAGGCAGCUCGGGCCCGCUGGCGUAGACAGGCUCUUGACCAUGCUCGAGUUCGAGGGCCGACCGGGCGUAUUUACGCUCCUCGAAUCGCUGGGAAACAUCUCGGAGGAGAACAUGGUCCGCUUUAUCGACCUGAGCAAUGCUUUGAUGAGUACGUCGUCGCCCUUCUCCUUGGCAGCUUCAAGCCAGAGCUCUCUCCAUCUACCUGCAGCAUCGUCUACACUGCUCCGUCUUCUUGGCAGUGGCCCCUGGGAGUUUGUCGGGAACACGGGUGCUGGAGGCUAACGAGUGUGUCAGAUGAGAGGAGUGAACGAGGCCGGCAGCCCUCCGUAAAUGCUCCGCCCGAAGCCGUUUACGCCUCCACCGCCACACCUGCACUCGCCACUUCCCACUCCACGCCGUACCUCCGACCGCCGCUUCCACCAUCUCUCCAACGCAGCACCUCACCGCGCAGUGCUCGCUCGGCGUCGUCCAAGGGCUCUUCGUCCACGAAUCUUACACAUCCUUCAUCCAACAAUAGAGUGGAGAAAAAGAAGCCCUCAGUCAAGCCUGCAAGGAAGCAACUGCACUGCCCAGACUGCAAGAAGGACAUCAAGAAUGGCUUCGACAAGCACUUUCGUGAGCAUCUGCACGAUCUCAUCGGUUCAGAUGAGUUCAAGUUCGACAUGCACGAAGCCUUCGGCUGCGGGUACUGCCACGCCCAAGGUGUUCUCGUAGAAGGCGGCAAGGUGUUCCACGGUGUGGCAGAACUCGUGCAGCACGUCAAAUACGCGCAUGCGUCUACUCCGCAACGACUCCACUGGGACAUCAGCCACUCCUUCAACCACGUCCUCUCAGCCCAGCCCUACUUCAGACGAAAGAUCAUCGCCAUGAUCACAGCGGAGAACAGCGGGAAUCACAACAACACCAUACCCUCCCUGUCAUGGGUGGCAGAUCACCGCCCACUCCUCAGAAAGCUGCAAAUCCUGUCAGGAAGACUCGACAGGAAUCCCUCUUUCCAUGGUGACAUUGCGAUAGACACGCUCCUAGCGCAAGUCUACGAUGCAGCAGCACAGAACUGGCAGCAGCCUUUCGCGUUCUCCUUCCCGCCCGUGUCGCCGCAUGGUGCUCCACAAGGGCCGCUGCGGUCAAGCGGCCCGCUCCAUCCACGCCAGGAGCUGUCAGAGGACAUGAGUUUCGCGGGUAUUGGCAAGGCGUUUCCCGACACCCCGACGCCACAGCAACCCCCGUACGCGAGCGAUGCGAGAUCGCCUAGCAUCUUGAGUCCAGCGCCGCACGUCCCACACGCUCCUCCACAUGUUCAACGCGCACUCCAGGACUUGCAAGAUGUGGAAUUGAUGGACCGAGAUGCUCCGUUGUAUCAAACUGGUCUUUAUGGCGCCGGUGUCUCGCCUGUCACUCCUACGAUUGCAUUUGAUGACUACACGCCGUACUCUACGCCUCCGCCAUCGCAGGGGCUGCAGAUCGACUCGAUGCGCGACCUCUACAACGAUCUGCAGAUUGACGAGAGAGAUUUGUACCCCAGCUAAGUUGUACUGGCACCUGACAAGCUGGCAUAAAGUCUCUGAGUCUCUCGCCGCUUUGGCGCGUAGUUUGGUCAGUUUGAGCAGACGUUAUUGCACAUGGUCCUUGUACGAGCCGUAUUCAUUUCAACGGCGUU